AUGGAAAAUAACUGGUACCUUGACUCUCCUUCACAUAGCGAAGAAAUUCCUUCCGCUCCAGAUUCAAACACCGAAAGUUCCGAUAACACGAGCGAGGUUGAUGGAGUUACGAGGCUUUCUGUUGGUAAGCCAGGAAACGAUGGCGGUUCCAAUGUUUUGCAACGGGCUCAUAAGCCUCCUUGUUUGCUGAAAGAAGGAAAAAUGGGCAUUGGAAAUGAAUCAAUCUGUGUACCACCCGUUCUUUUGUCUCCAGUUUUAUCGCGACCUAUUCGUUCUCAUUCUGCGGCUUCCAGCCCUCUUCCCAUUAAGCACCAGGGAUCUGACUCUGAAAGUGAUCAUGGAACACCUUGGCGUCCAUCUGCUUCGGGCAUGGCUCGGCGAAGUUUGGCAAGUAGUUUAGCUUCGGGUACCAGUCUUGGCAAAGAACCAUCACGACCUAAUACUCCGAACUUGUCACCGAUUCUUAAACGUUCGGCAAGUGGUAGCAGAUUAGCAGCAGCUUUGCAAGGCCUGAGAAGUGGCUCAGGAAAUGGACUCGUUUCCGGACGAAGCGCGUGUUUAUCGAGAGCUGAAUCUCUGUCUGAUCAAGACCGUCAGAGAAAAAAAAGGAACAGACGGAGGACUAUGGUUCAUGGUAUGUUCAGUGAAUCUUCAAUGGACAGCAAUCUCAGCUCUUCUUCAUCCAAUUUGCUGCGGCUGAGAGCGUCAUUAGGACACUCCGAUCCACAAAUAUCUGCUAGCUCUUCUCAUUUGCCAUCUUCACGGAACACAAAAGAUGUGCAAGCAUUAACUCAAACUACAAGAUCGAGUGCUGCAAGGAGAAGUCUGAAUGCGUCUACAUCCCCUUUGCUUGCCCCAAGAUGUCGGAGCCCUGCUCGACAACAAGGUGCUUCAACUUCCAGAGCCACAGCACCCGCUGCUGUUCCUUUACGUUCUUACUCUACACGAAGUGGCAGUUCUCUUAUGGCCCCACAACACGACAAUCGAAGAUGGUCUCUGGCUUCUCUGCCAUCAACGAGUGGCUAUGGAACGCCCGGAAGUAAUUCUGCCUUUUCGAGUCAAUAUUCGUCAUCCGAACAUUUGUCUGAAGUCUUAGAGUGUAUGAGACUGGGUGGACGUUUCGAUAGCAACGAGAGUUAUCCUUCUGCUGAAGAUCCUUCAACAAGUACAUAUAGACCUCGGAGCCGGAGUUUAACCAGCCCAAUAAAGUUUGGAAGUGAAAGUACUGCAAGUGUUGUCAAUAGGAGUAGUGUUUAUAAGGAGCGUUUUCCGAAGGCGAAACUUCAAAUGGAGCAAAGGUUACAAGGUUUCGUUAAUGAGAAUGCACCGUUGAGCGGAGGAGCUUCCAACGACCUUGAAGCUACUGACCCACGCAAUAAUCGGAAAUCUAUGGUGCUGGAAGCUGAGAAAAUCACUGACAAGAACCUAUUGAGGCUAUUAGGAGAUGGAGCAACAAGAUUCUUACAUCAUCAGAUAGUUGAGAUUGCCUCUGAUUGUUUAGCUCGUUCUAUUGAAGAUUCAAUUACAUGUUCGUAUUUCUGUGAAAUGAGUCAGAGGUUGGAUGAAACACUGAACGAGGCUCAGCAGAAGACUUGUCAAGAUUCUUUGACAUUUUUAUCGAAGCUUGUAAAGCAAUUACUAAUGAUUGUCAGUCGGCCGGCUAGAUUAUUGGAAUGUUUGGAGUUUGACCCCGAUGAAUUUUAUCAUCUUCUUGAAGAAGCUGAAGGAGUUGUUCGUGAGCAAUUAGGCAGUGGAACUGCUAGAGUGCCUGAUUUGCCUCAAUAUAUCAUAGGCAAACUGGGCUUAGAUCGAGAUCCUCUAAUGGACAUCGAGGCAAGAGCUGAGUCACCUCCUGCUGCUCCUUCAACAUCUACGGGUGGAGCUAGCAGCAGUGCAUGUAGUGGUAGCACAGUAGCAGGCACAGCGAUGAAGAAAGAAGAAUCUGGUCCUGCUGCGAAGCAUUGGAACGAACAGAGACCACCUCGCGAAGAAGAUUUCGAGACAAUAAGAUUGGUCAGCAAUGGUGCUUACGGAGCUGUAUACUUGGUGCGACAUCGCGAAACAAGACAACGUUUCGCUCUCAAAAAAAUGAACAAACAAACAUUACUCUUAAGAAAUCAGAUAGAUCAGGUUUUUGCUGAAAGGGAUAUUUUGACAAUGACAGACAAUCCAUUCGUCGUUUGUUUCUAUGGCUCAUUUGAGACUAAACAUCAUCUGUGUAUGUUAAUGGAGUAUGUAGAAGGGGGAGAUUGUGCUGCACUUUUGAAAAAUGCUGGAACCCUUCCUGUUGAUUUGGCGAGGCUUUAUGUGGCUGAGACAGUUCUAGCCAUCGAAUAUUUACAUUCAUAUGGAAUUGUUCAUCGAGACUUGAAACCUGACAAUCUUCUCAUUACGGCCAUGGGUCAUAUCAAGCUCACCGAUUUCGGAUUAUCCAAAAUUGGUCUCAUGAGCAGGACUACAUUAGUAGCUGAGGGUGUGGAUAUUGUUGAGACACAACAGUUCAGAGAUAAACAGCUAUGUGGAACUCCAGAGUACAUUGCUCCUGAAGUAAUUUUGCGUCAAGGCUACGGAAAACCUGUUGACUUUUGGGCCUUGGGCAUCAUACUCUACGAGUUUCUUAUUGGAACGGUUCCCUUCUCUGGCGAAAGUCCCGAAGAACUCUUUAGUAAUGUCAUAUCAGAGGAUGUUGAAUAUCCAGAUGGAGAUGAAGCUCUUCCUGUAGAAGCUGAAGACCUCAUCAGACGCUUGAUGGAGAAAAAUCCAAUGGAGAGAUUAGGAGCUAUUGCUGGAGCUUCUCAACUUAUGGCUCAUUCAUUCUUCGAUUGUAUCGAUUUCAACACCAUUCUGCGUGAGAAAGCUGAAUUCGUUCCUCUUCUUGACAAUGAGGAAGACACUAGCUAUUUUGACACUCGAUUGGAUCGUUACAAUCAUGAAGCUGAUUCAUGUGGAGAAGAAGACUCUUCUCCUAUGUUCCAUUCCUUCUCUACUGCUAGUCCAAGACACUCCAUUGUUGCACUUGAUGUUAAUCAGUUGCCGAUGGCAGCGUCUGUUUCCUCUAGCUAUUCUGGAAGUUCUACGGUCCCUCUGGAACCACGUUGUCGAAAGCCUUCUACUGCGACCCAAUCAAGCGAAGAUCAAACGAUGGACAGUGCUGAUUUAACUACUGAAGUACCAGUUUCAUCUGCCAUGAUUUUACGUCGCCAGUUUUCGUCUCAACGAAAUGCUAAUCUCUCUACCUCAUCAAGCGGAACAACAGGCACUGGAUGCCAGAAUACAGCUUAUUCUUCAACAGAUAGUAGUAUGGAUGCUAGCCAUGUUAGUAUGAUUGUUAUCCCGGAUGCCAGAAAAUCACCUUUACCUAAAUUUGCUAUUUCUUGUGAUCCUGAUGAUUCUAGCGAAGCCACUUCGUCGAAAUCAGUCAAAGAACUUUCACCUGUUGAUGAAACCGUUCGUUUUAGAAACACUCCCCAAACCCCCCUUCAAUUGGUUAUUCCUGCUACAGGUGCUACUACUUCGUCUAACUCAAGUAAUUCCAAGGAUACUUGUUAUGUGGUUGCUAGUGGAUGUAGUCAACUUUCCCCUGGCGGUGGAUCAAUGUCUUCUGCUUCAUCCGCUGAUGGAUCACCACAUCCGUCUGCUGAUCAAAUCAGCCCUGCAACAAAUUUUUUCAAAUGCGUAACCAUCAGAAAAGGCUCUAUGGGUUUCGGCUUCACAUUGAAAUCUGUUCGAGUUUAUCUUGGAGAGCAUUCCGAUUAUUAUACGAUCGAGCAUAUUGUCACAUCAGUUGUUACAGGAAGUCCUGCCUUCGAGGCUGGUCUACGUGGGGAUGACAUGAUCAUCCAAGUAAAUGGACAAUUAGUUCAUAACUUGACCCAUCCACAAUUAAUGCAUAGGCUUCUGAGUUAUGGAAAUGAGCUAUCCUUAAGGGUGACACCAUUAUCAUCGACGUCCAUAAAGGAAGGAGCUCCAAGAAAAACUGUUGGCAAGAUGGCCAAAAAGAAGCCUAAACGACCUCAACGAAGAGUUCCUCUUGAGAAGAAGACUAGAAAACCAUCAUCUCUGCUUCGGAGACUCAGUGGCAAGAGAGCCACAAAUGAUAUUGUUCCAGGAACAUCUAGUCAAAAGCAAACGUUUAUUCCAAGGUCUGUCUCUAGUCAAGAUGGUGCUAUUCUUAAUGGCCCACCUCCAGCCCCUAACCAUUCUUUGGCCGCUACUCAACCCCCAUCAGCUCCUAGUGCUGCUCCCUCUGUAUUGUCCCAUAAACGAAUGAGUGACGUAGGAUUACGAGAAGAGAAUCGUUCUCCUCUAGCUUCUUCAAGACCAUCAUCUUUACGUGGUCUGAAACAGACAACAGCUCAAACCACCUCUAAAAUCCCAACUUCUCCUAUUCCUGUGAGUCCUUUAGCUCGUUCCGAAGGACAGCAAGAAAGCACAAGAUCUCCGAGCCCAUCUGCGGCGAAAUUUUCCUCUGGUAGGUCUCUAAUGAACCGUAUACUCCAUAAGGAUGACUCCAACUGA